CGAAAUCGAACCCAAACGGCCAAACCAACCAUCGUCUACUCGGCGGCUGGGCUAGCACCCUCCCUACCACCAUGGCGGCCGUCGUGCCUCCGCCCGACAACCUGGACCCGCAGCCGGCUACUCCCCCAGCCGCCGCUCCUUCCGCCACGCUCACCCCGCCUCCCGCCGCCACCUCCACCCCACCAACCCCCUUGACGCCGGGCCCCGCGGCGCCUAGCCCAAACCCUAACCUACCCCCUGCCCCUGCCCCUGCCCCUGCCCCCGCCCCCGCUUCCACGCCUCCGGCGGCAGUCGCGCCACCGAUGCCCCCAGCUCCGAUCUCCUUCGCUGCUACCUUCCGUCCACUCGGUGCCCCAGCGCCACCGCCGCCGUACCAGGUCCCGCAGUACGUCGCGGUGCCGGCGAACCCGGGCUACCCGAUGCAGCCGCCGGGCGUCCCCGUCGUUAUGCCUCCGGGCGCCGUGCGGCUGCCGGCCAUGUACGGGCCGCCCCAGCCGGGAGUAUACAUGCCGCAGCAGGGCGCUGCGAUCCCCCAUCCCGGAGAAUUGAGAGGAUUUGUACCAUGGACCUUGGCAGUGUGUUGGUUAGCAUUUAGAGGUGUGGUGCUAGUGCUUUAGAGUUAGAGAAACUGGGCUCCGCUCGCCUGAUAACGAUGACCGGAUAUUUCUCUGCUACAGCGGUGGUCGUGCCAGCCAUUACUCCCCACAACAAGAGGUGCCGGCUCAUGUUUGAUUCUGCAGCUCUAGAUCGUUUGCUCCCUCACUGAGUGUGAUGCUUCAGCUCUGGGUUGUUCCAAAAACUUGCUAAGGUAUCAUGAUUUUCUGCCGUUUAAAUUUCAUAUGCCGGCUAUAUCUUUUUUUUUCUGGUUUCAUAUAAACUUCUUUGUUGAUAAGAAGUGUAGAGUAGUGACAUAUUUGCCUGAGCUCUUAUUACCUGAGUAGUGCAUUGCAAUGGUGUGAGCUAUACCAAGUUUCUCAAAUAACCAAUGCAAGUGUGUUAUCCUGUCCAUGAGGUUGAGAGGUAAGGCCAGCUUUGCUUAGCUCCCUUUUCAUUUGAGCAAGAUAUUGCUUCUGUCAAUGUUCACUCUGGUAUUUGUUUAUGGCUUUUGGUAUCUUCUGCUUACACAUGGCCACAUUCUCUGAUUCUAUAUGUGUUAUGAGGUUUCAUUUGUUCACUAUAUGAUUUACUUGUAGGUAUACUUACUGAUGUGGUUGCAUAGGUGUCAUUUGUCUCUCUCUGCAGGAAUGUCUCGUUAUCCUGCACCGUAUCCUAUGAUUCGUCCUGGUUUUGUUCCACGUCCAAUGCCGCCGCCUGGUGUUGUGCCAAUUCAACGACCAACAAUAAUUUCUGGGAUCCGGGCUAUUCCUCCUUUGGUAGCCCCAACUGCCCGGCCACCUGCUCCAGCUGUUAAGCUGGCAGAUAAACCGCCAACCGCAGUUUAUGUUGGGAAGAUCGCCCCAACAGUGGACAGUGAUUUCCUUCUUUCACUUCUUCGGCUUUGUGGAUCUGUCAAGAGUUGGAAGCGUGCCCAAGAUCCUAGUAAUGGAAAACCUAAAGGUUUUGGGUUUUGUGAAUUUGAAUCUGCUGAAGGCAUCCUUCGUGCGACACGGCUUCUCAACAAAUUGAGCAUUGAUGGUCAGGAACUGGUGAUUAAUAUAAAUGAUGCCACCAAGGAAUACCUGAAGAAACAUGUUGAGGGAAAGAAGAGAGCACAAGAGAAGGAAAAAGAAACAGAAGAUGCAAGCGGGGAUGGAACUACAGCUGUUGCUGAAAAUGAAUCAUCAAAACCUGUCCCUGAUGAAUUGGAUGAGACAGGAGAUGCUGGAGAUAAGUACAGGGAAGACAACACUGAUAAAUUUGGGAUUGUUACUGACGAAGACUCUCAAACUGACAAAGAUGUCGCAGAAAAAAUAAGCAAUAUGAUUGAGGAGUGGUUAAAGACUAGACCGCCACCCCCACCUUCACCAGUUCAACCAUCUGCUGAUAGCUCUGGCGUAGAUAAGGCAAAAAAUGAUUCUGAUGAUAAGAAUGCUGCUGAUGCUGAUAAAAGGGCAGCUAAUGAAACUGAGAGAUCUGAAACUGCCUCUCCUGAUAAGAGGAAGGAUAGAGAGCAUGAUAAGGACAAACGGGACAAAGAUCUUGAAAGGCAUGACCGUGAACGUGAAAGAGUACGGAGGGAUAGAGAGAAGGAUCAUAAGCAUAGAGAAGCUGAUAGGCUCUACAGGGAUCGCCUUAAGGAGUGGGAAUCUAGGGAAAGAGAGAGAGAAUAUCAGAGGUAUAGUGAAAAGGAGAAAGAAAGAGAUAGAGAUCAUAACCGCAGAAGGGAGAUCCUGAAGCAGGAAGAUGAGAGCGAUGACGAGGAUAAUAGGAAAAGGAAACGAAGGAGUAUUAGCUCACUUGAAGAUAGGAAGAGGAGGAGGCAACGUGAAAAGGAGGAAGAUUUGGCAGAUAAAAUAAGGGAGGAGGAGGAAAUUGCAGAAGCAAGGAGGCUGGCUGUAGAGUUGCAACGGCAAGCAGAUGAAGCAGCUGCGGCGGCGGCUGCAGCCGCCGAAGAGUCUGCAUCACUUAUGGAGAUUGAUGGUGAUGACGAAAAGGAAACAGAUGCACAAAACAAGUCGGCUGUUGUGGAAGCUGAUAACAUCUCGAGCUUUGCUAAUGGUGUUGGUGCUGGUCGACUUAGUAAGGGAAAUAAUGGUGAGGAAACAUGUAUGACACCUGGUCAAACCGCAGAUACUAAGCAAAACAACAAUGUUCCAGCAAAGAAACUGGGUUUUGGUUUGAUUGGCUUGGGCAAAAGGACAUCUGUUCCAUCAGUUUUUGCUGUAGAGGAUGACGAAAAUAAUGUUGAUAAAAGCAUAAGACCUCUAGUACCUAUCGAUUACUCCACUGAAGAAUUACAAGCUGUACAUGCUAAUUCUUCUACUGGGGCAAAUGUCACAGCAGCUGCCGAGUUUGCCAAGCGCAUCUCAGUUUCUAAUUCAAAGGAAGAGAAGGCUGAAGCUGAGAAGGAUAGGAAUAGGAGAUCCAGUGAAGCUCGUCCUAAUGAUGAGCGAAGAGAGAAGCUACAUGAUCGCGAGAAGGAUAAGCCCAAGUCAGAGAACAAGAAGAUUCUGGAUGCAAAGCAACUAAUUGAUAUGAUCCCAAGGACAAAGGAAGAGCUUUUUGCCUAUGAUAUAAACUGGGCGAUAUAUGACAAGCAUGAGUUGCAAGAGAGAAUGAGGCCUUGGAUUUCAAAAAAGAUAAUUGAAUUUCUUGGCGAGGAGGAAUCAACUUUGGUGGACUAUAUUGUUUCCUGCACCAAAGACCAUGUUCAGGCUGAAAAGAUGCUAGAUCUUCUACAGUCGAUUUUCGAUGUUGAGGCCGAGAUGUUUGUCCUCAAGAUGUGGAGGAUGCUUAUAUUUGAGAUCAAGAAAGUCGAAUCUGGACUAUCAGGAAGAGCAAAGUCAUGAAGCGAAGCCUGUUACCCUGUAUGACCUCUGAUCUGCAUUACUCAUCAACUGUGACCACACUUGUAAGGUCAUACUGCACUACAAGUAUCAAAAACCAUUUUUAGUGACAGAGUUGAUGGAUCUUUUUACUUGUUUCUUGUACAAAUGCAUACGAGAGUUAAUGAGAUACUGUGCGUAAUAUUUUUAUUUUGAUAGAUUGCAUAACUGUGUUUGGCACAGUUCACACGAGUCAACUGCCUACUUUUGCUUAACUUGUUCUCUGGUGAACGAAGAAUGUCAAUGCUGGCAGUAGCCACAAGUGAUCCCUAAUCAUACAUGGUGUGUGUGCAAAGAUGUUCGUAUAAUCGUAUUUCA